AUGUUUCUACGAGUAUCAAGAAGACUUCUUUCUACAGAUGCAAAGCUUUUAAAAUUCACAACAUCCCCGGGAUAUAUACAGUGUCAACCUGGACCAGAUGAUGACAUUAUUGUUUCGAUGUCUUCCGGAGUGGAUUCAUCAGUGGCAGCACUGAUGUACUCACAGAAAUACAGAAAUGUGCGAGGAAUAUUUAUGGCUAAUUGGUCAUCAUCAGCAGAUGGAAAUGUAGGAUCUGGCUGUAAUCGGGAUGAUGGUUCGAAGGGUCAAAAUUCCAGUUGUACAAUUGAUAAAGAUUGGCAUGAGGUCCAGGCGACUUGCAAUCAGUUGGGAAUACCAUGUGAAAGAGUUAGUUUUGAGAAGGAGUACUGGAUGGAUGUGUUUGAACCAAUGCUGAAAAUGUAUGAACGUGGGCUUACACCAAAUCCGGAUGUUGGAUGCAACAAAUACGUGAAAUUUGGAGCGAUGAUCGCACAUUUAGAGAAGUACUAUAAAAGUAAGAUCAAGAACGACAAGAAAUGGUGGCUUGUCACCGGACACUACUGUCGGGUACUGAAACAUAUUGAAACGGGGGAAAAUCACAUGUUCCGUGCGGCCUACCGACCGAAAGACCAAUCAUAUUAUUUAUCUCAGGUUCCAGAAUCUGUGUUGGAUCGCAUUCUUUUACCGAUUGGACAUUAUACAAAGCCAGAGGUGAGGAAAAUUGCAAACGAUCACGGGCUUGUAACAAGUCAAAAGCCGGAUUCUCAAGGGUUAUGCUUUGUCUCACCGCAAAAGAAAUUCAGUGAUUUUUUGGAUGAGUAUCUUGAACCAAAUCCUGGUAAUAUUGUCGACAGGGAGGGUCAUAUUUGGGGUAUGCAUAAAGGAUUGUGGCAUGCCACGAUUGGUCAACGAUGCGGAAUCAGUUUACCACAAGGAGAUCCAAAAUACAAGGGAAUAUGGCUUGUUUGUGGCAAAAACAUUUCUAAGAAUGAACUAAUAAUAGCUAAGAAGUCAGAUAAACAUGCAUUUGAACGUACGGAAAUCAAGGUAAGAGACUGGAAUUGGAUCAACAAAGGUUUAAAUAUUGAAAAAGUUUCCAGAAUGCCAGAUUUAAAUUGUCAAACACGAUCGUUACAGACGGAUUAUAAAGUUGCCUUUCUAGGAUUAGACGGUAAAGACAACAAUGCACUGCUUUUCAAACUCGAUAAGCCUGUUUUUGGCGUCGCUCCCGGACAAAACAUGGUUCUUUAUCAAGGUAAUCGUGUACUUGGAUGUGGAACUAUCUGCUGA